AUGGUAACUACUGAAGCUGCUGUAACUGUUCGGGAAUUACUUGACAAACGCUUCUCUCUCUUUCUCUCUCUCUCUCUCUUAUUUCUAUCUAUCUUAGUAGCUCUCUCUCUCUCUCUCUCUCUCUCUCUCUCUCUCUCUCUCUCUGUCUGGAGGCAGAUAUCUACGUAUAAAUACCCACACAUUUAUAAUCUAUCUAUCUAUCUAUCUAUCUAUCUAUCUAUCUAUCUAUCUAUCUUUGUUCAUUUUGUAUUUAUAUUUGUUUAUUAUCUAUCUAUCUAUCUAUCUAUCUAUCUAUCUAUCUUCUUCCUAUCUAUCUAUCUAUCUUUAAGUCUAUAUUUACUUAUAAAUUCUACUCCGUUUACAUUCUAUCCAUCUCUGUUCCUUAUCUAUCUAUCUAUCUAUCUAUCUAACUAUCUAUCUAUCGAUCUCGAUUCCUUUUCUCGCUAUCUUCGUAAUCUCUCUAAAUUAUAUAUUACUGCUCAUAUCUAUCUCUAUCUCAUUAUCUUAUCUAUCUAUCUAUCUAUCUAUCUAUCUAUCUAUCUAUCUAUCUAUCUAUCUUAUUCCUUAUCUAUCUAUCUAUCUAUCUAUCUAUCUAUCUAUCUAUCUAUCUAUCUAUCUGAUCCGUCCUUGUUUGUACAGAUUGUUUUCUUUUGUUCUUUCACUAUCUAUCUAUCUAUCUAUCUAUCUAAUUUGUUUCUUUAUCUAUCUAUCUAUCUAUCUAUCUAUCUAUCUAAUUUGUUUCUUUAUCUAUCCAUCUAUCUCUCUCUCUAUCUAAUUUGUUUCUUUAUCUAUCUAACUAUCUAUCUAUCUAUCUAA